AUGAGCAAACGUUCACUUGGUUUGAAUCAAUAUCAUUCCGAAAGCGAUGAGAGUGAGGAAGAAAAAAUUAAUGAUAAAACAAUAGACUCUUCGGGAGAUGAACAAAUGAUAGGAAGAAGUGAUAAAUUAAAGAGAAAGUUGGAAAAGAUGCGGAGGAUAAAAAACUCAAUGACAAAAAAGAGGAAACAAGAAAGCAAACCCGAGCAAUCUAGUUCCUCAUCCAAUGACAAUAACAUACGCAAUAAUACAGAAAAUAAUAUACAAAUAUCUACAGUAUCAUCCCCUACUUCUCAAACAGAACAUUUCAAAUCAUACAUGUUUUUACCGUGUAAUUUUAGCGAAAAGAUGAUCAAGUCUGUUGAUGAAUUACUCCGAGAAGUACUACAUAGAGACCCAUAUAAUUUUCUCACAUUUAAUUCGUGUAGCUCGAGUGAUCCUUUUUUCGUUGGCUAUCAUGUGAGCCUUUCAAAAACCUUCAAUAUUGAAAAGAAAAAGGCACAAGAAUUUAGAAACAAUCUAGAAAAAUCAUUGAAAGAGAAUGUAACACUACCGAUCUUUGUAUCCUUUAAGAGCAUCAGCAUGUAUUUAGGCUCGAACAAUUUGACUCCAUCCGAUACCAAGCCUACAUUUGCGAUAUACUUGGCAUUUGAUUUGACUGAAGAAAGCGAGAAACGGAUUGAAAAUCAAAUUUCUAAAUCUCUCUGUAAACCCUCCACUAACGGAAAGGCUCUCAUGAAUGAAAGUGAUUUAUGGUUUUCGAACAAACAUAUUUCAUUUGCUUGUCGAUUUUUCCACGACAAAGAGUCCCAAGUAGCAUAUUACCGAGAAUGUUUGAAACAAUUCACGAAAAACACCUCUGACAACUAUCCUACACAUUUCAAAAUUUGUUCUGUUCAUACAGCAGCACAACAUUUAAUUGGAACAAACCUUAUUAGUAGUGAGAGCAAUAGAAUUACUGCUAGCGAAGCCAGAAAAGAAAUUCUCUCCCAAGUGCAAUGCAAAAACAUUGAAUUACAGAUUGGUGUAAAAACAUUUUCCGUUCCUUUGCCCGAUGUCAAAGAAGUGUCUCCAACUUCUCCUCCCUCGACACAAUUAAUCAUUUCAUUUUCAUUCUCUGAUGAGUAG